GGGGGUGUUUGCUAGUGUUGCUAGUGGAUCUGCCUGACAGAUUUUGUGUGAAACUUUCCCGGGAGAACUAGACCCAGAGUUGUGCCCAGACAAACUGAGGAUGAGUAGCUCCACCACCAUGCCACCUACAGAGAAUGGAGGGGGGGUGGAUGCAGCCAUUAUUGGAGGUGUGGCAGUAGCUGUCAUUGUGGUAUUCAUCUGCCUGUUGAUCGUGGUUCUUCGCUAUCUAUAUCGGCAGAAGGGCACAUACCAUACCAAUGAGGCUAAGGGUACUGAAUUUGCUGAAAAUGCUGAUGCUGCCUUGAAAAAUGACCCCUCAUUCCAGGAGGCCGUAGAUGAAACCAAAAAGGAAUACUUCAUAUGAUCUGAGGACUCCACUGUGCCCCAAAUCUUUCCAUUUUCUGUUUGGUUUUCAUUAAAGGAUCAACAGCUGGCAACACUAAUCUCAUCCCUGAAAAGAGCUAGUACUCAUGGCUCAGGAAAAGCCUUAUUUCUCAGGUGAACAAAACUCUGUUUGAGGGAAACAACAUUGUUUCAUGAGGCCUUUGGAAAUCCACUGUUAGGUGCAUAUGAUGACAAUGGGCACAUUGUCCCAAGCCAACGAAAUGACAAUGUUUCUCAGGCAAGCCAACAUGAUAAUAUGUGCCAACUGCAAUACAACGAUGGAACUAAUUAAGCCUUUACAACCUGGACCUGUGUUUCAUUAGUUGAAAGCCCCUAAAUACUCCAGCACUGAAGAUUACAAGAAAACACCUUCAGUGGUUACUGAACAGUGAAGGUUUAUGCUUAGUUGACGGCACAAGAGGCAUUUAGACUCCACCUUGAGUUUUUAUUGGCAGCUUUCAAAAUGGAAAGAACAUUAUAAAAAUCCUGUAUUCUCUGGAGGUUGCUCAAUGCUUUGCUUAAUGAUCCAUUCCAUGAUACCUACAGUAUAGACAAAUGUGUGUCAAAACCCACUGUCCAGGGUAUCAAACGAUGCAGUUUUUUAAUGCAUCUAUAGUCAACCUUAAUUCCCCAAAUGUUAUUGCUCUACAACUCCCAGCAUCUCAUUAAGAGACAAAGGCUCUUGUUGUUGUCACCUGAAUAGUGUUUUACUGGCUCAGCCAAUAAAUCCCACUAUUAAUUAGGGUGGUUGGUAAUAUUCUCCAGACAAGGAGAUGUUCUAGUUUUGAGUGUUGUUGUUGAAUUACAUUUAUAGGAUGCAAUUGAUAGUGAUAUCUAUGUAUACUUAUAGGGUGGUUAUUAAGAUAUUCCAAAGAUGUUAGCAUGCAGUUCAGUAUCUUUUGCUUCUAGGUGGCUUAAAGAUGUCAAUAAAGGGCAAAUACAUCCCGGCGUAUUGCUAACGGCCCCAGUGCAGUUACCCAUAGCAUAAAAGGAUUAUAACUCAUCAAGGAUAGAUGCUUGUGGUAUUGUUUUUCUGUCUCUGGAGAAUGCAUCUGCUGAAGUAAGCAAUUUGGCAGCUCCAAGUCAUGUGCACAUGAUACUUCUGUUUUUAUUGGAUAAAUAUGUAUAAGUGGGACGCCAAAUUGUUUUCCUAUAGCUAUUUGUGUCUACAAAACAUUCCUUUAAAUUGGAUAUAUGAAGUUCUACAUUUGCAGUAACAGUAGCUCUGUUGUUAGUCUCUACAAACCAUAGAACAGCUCCCCUUGUGGUGGAGAAAAUAUUCUUCCCUCUGUCAAAGGGGAAUUGACCAGCUAAGACAGGAAUGUCCUUCUUAAGGUCCAUAACGACAGAGAGAGAUGUUAACACUUACUCCACCAUGUAAUAAAAUGCACUUAGUUUGCCCAGGAGCAGUAACCCACAGCAACCAAUUAGAUGUUUGAUUUUAAACAGGUGACCAGUAAAUCCUAUCUGCCGAUUGGUUGCUAUUGGUUACUGCCCCUAGGCAAAUUGGUUGCUAUGGAUUACUGCUCCAUGGCAUGCUUUCAACCACUAGGAGAGCAUACUAGGUGAAUGUGGACCUCCAAAGGAUUUUUAAUGGACCCCAGGAAAACCCAAGAACUCCACAUACCUCUUUGUGUGACAUAGACCUCUUUUUGGGGAAUGUAAUAAAAGUAGGUAAUGGAAAAAAUGCCCAGUGAAUGUAAUAAAACUUUUUAUCGAAAAAGUUAUGUUUGCUCCAGAAGAUUACAACACUUUCAAGUACUUCUUAAAAGUGGGUGAUGUGCAAUUAAAAUUCGCAAUGUAAUAAGGAAGAGUAUUACAUUGCGAAAUGUGAAUUUUUAUUCAUAUUUGUGCAAAUUGAUUCGCUCUUUGCAACUUUUAUUACAUUCCCCCAUUUGUGUGUUCUCAAAUACCCUAUCCCCAAACAUGGAUAAUCUGGAACAACACUGAGCUUAGGAAAGUCAAAGGUAACUCCCAAAUCUUAUGACAAAUGAAGAUACCUAUUGAAGGAUGUUCAGUGACAAAGAUUUAUGACCCAUUUUUGUACCUUAAGGGAAAAUAAACGCUUGCAUUUGUGUUUAAGUAAAAUGGAAAUAAGAUGAUUUGGUAUUUCUAAACAAGGAGUUGCCUCUGAUUACAGUGAUAUGCAUUGCAGUUUCCUCUAGGGCUGAGAAGAAUAAAUAUGAUGGAUUGGACUAUUACAUUAUAUAUAUAUAUAUAUCUUUCAAGUGACUUUUUAAAGUAUUCAUAUUUUAAAAGAUUUUAAAAACAAA